UUUCUUCAUCCCCCUUUUCCUCGUUAAUUAUUCUCUGCCUGCUUGAUAUGCCAUAGGCGCCGCAUUGACUGAUAGCGGAGCCUGUAAACACGAGUAAGAUUACAAAAGGUUCCUGAUUCAGAUAUUACAGGAUGCCAGCCAGGAAACGCCGGAAGAUGGGCUACCAUCCGUCCCACGAGGACGUGGCAACGCCGAAUGAUGUCGAUACAUUUCAGAAUUCAUCUAACACCCAAGCGCCUAUGAUUGCUACCUCUCGACUCCGAAACGACUCUCCUCAGACGGUUACUAGGCAAAAGAACCUUGUUUUUCGCGUUACCGGUCUCCCAGCCUCGCAGACGAACGAUGCGCUGGUGGAUUUUAUCCGCAAAGACCUGUUAAAGGGUGAAGAACAGUCACAUUUAAAAGUCACCGCAAGCAUCGUGCCAUCUUGCUCCAAUAAUGGGCAUGAGAGGGUUGCGUUAGUAGAAUUUGGCGGUAGAUUUCCUGAUUUCUUGUCCGCUCUAGUCGCGAACCCUCUGGAAGACUGGGAGGUUGAGAUGGGUAAUGGAGAUAUUACUUUCGACCACCAUUUUUUUGGGUUUACACAGCUCUACACCCCUAAAGCAGACAAGCCAGUUACCGCAGAUAUAAUCGCUAUCACCGGUCUUGAUGGACAUGCAUAUGGCUCAUGGAGGGGUAAGAGAAACCUUGGGCGGAUGUGGUUGCGCCAUUUUCUGUAUCAAGACCUGCCCUACUGUCGCACGAUGACCUAUGGCUACAACUCGAAGCUCUCAGCCCGUGGGAUCAACACCAUUAUGGACUAUAGCCGGGGGCUAAUGGAGGCACUCAAGAAAAUCCGGAACACAGAGGAGCUAAGGCAGCGACCACUCUUCUUCAUCGCACACAGCUUUGGCGGUAUAAUACUUGCUCAUUGCCUUGUAAAGGCGGUUCAAACAAACGAAGACGAUCAUCCGACGAUUGCAACGCUCCACAAGGCUACAUACGGGAUGCUUCUCUUUGGGAUUCCGCAUAAGGGGUUAGUGGUAAAUGAUAUCGAAAAGAUGCUGGCUGGUCAAGAUAACCACCCACGGAGCGCGCUGCUUCAGCAGAUCAGAGUCAAGUCCAACUUGCUAGAGAAUCAGCUAGCUGAUUUCAAGAAUCUGGUCCGAGACCGGAAGAUUGUAAGCUUCUAUGAAACAAGGCAGACUAGGCAGCUUCAAUUUGACAGUGACAACCAACGCUGGGAAAGAACUGGCGACUUCAUUUCCAAAGUGGACAACGACUCAGCUCUGCUUCAACUCCCCGACUUUAUGGAGGACAAGAUCCCCCUAGACUCGGAUCAUUCAAUGGUGGUGAAGUUUAGUAAUAGAAAUGAUAUAGGGUAUACCAGUGCGCUGGAUAAGCUUCGGCAGUUUGAGCAGGAGGCUUCUAACGUAGUGAAGGCUCGCUUUUGUAAGUAGCUUAAGUGCUUCUCGCCGGUUCUAUGUAAAUCGAAGACGGUCUUUAUUCAAUCAGCCUUGUGCUUGAUUUUAGCUAAUACCAACUUGUAGCACGAGUCCAACAGACUUCAAACGUGAAGUACUUUGUAGGA